CUACCGUUCGGUGAUACCUCAUUUGCGGUUUUGGAGAAACCGCGGGAAAAAAUCUCGCUCUGUCUUCCUCUCCAAUGGCAGCGAUUCUGUCUUUCGCUCCCAGCACUCCCCACCCCAACUCCCGCCAUAAACUUGCCUCUCCGGCCCCGGCGAACCACCCCAAGAUCGACAGGCUGCGCUGCUUCGGAGAGAACCCGGCCCGCAACUCGUCCGCCGAAGCGAAGCCCGAGCCCGAGAACGCGCUGCUCAAGGCGGCCUGGUACGGCUCCGAGCUCCUCGGCAUCGCCGCCUCGUUCUUCCGGUCGCCGGCGAGCGCCGAAGCUCCGGCGAGGGACUUCGUGCUCGCCGGGGAUGGAUCGGGAGCUUUUGAUCGGGGCGUGGUGGUUGAGACCAUCAAGGAGGACUACCGGAGGUCCUACUUCGUCACGGGAAACCUCACACUCCAUGUUUAUGAAGAGGAUUGUGAAUUUGCUGACCCAGCCGGUUCCUUUAGAGGGCUUCGUCGCUUCAAAAGGAAUUGUACCAAUUUUGGUUCACUUAUUGAGAAAUCAAAUAUGAAGCUCAUGAAGUGGGAAGAUUUCGAGGACAAGGGAGUUGGACACUGGCGCUUUAGUUGCAUCUUGUCCUUCCCUUGGAGGCCCAUUCUCUCCGCAACUGGAUACACAGAAUACUUUUACGAUGCGCAGUCUGGAAAAGUAUGCAGACAUGUGGAGCAUUGGAAGGUUCCCAAAAUGGUGCUAUUGAAGCAAAUUAUAAAGCCUAGCCGGUGGGCAUGGGAAAAGAAAUCGGGCGGGUGAAGGAAUUGAUUUCAGAUUCACUUUGGUAUAAGAAGCUAUAUAAUGGAAUUGAGAAACUGUAGCAAGGGAAAAAGUUGGCAGAAUGAAGGAGAUCAGGCUAUGCAAAUUGAUCUCUCAUUGUCACAAAACUUGGAUUUUUCAAAUCCUUAAGAUUAUUGAGUGGCUGUAUAUAGUAUAUACAAUCAAAAACUUCUUCAAUUUGAUUCGGUUGUCGUAAUGUUAUGAGCUUGUUAGGCCCA